AUGGUGUAUUGUUACACCAUGUAGGAGCAGUAUAGACCUAGUCUGUUCAUUAUAUACAUCUACAUGAUGUAUUGUUACACCAUGUAGGAGCAGUAUGGACCUAGUCUGUUCAUUAUAUACAUCUACAUGAUGUGUUGUUACACCGUGUAGGAGCAGUAUAGACCUACAGUAGCUAGCUACUUAUUUAGAUUUAGUUUGACUCAAUGAAACUGCCUUAAAUGUGCUGUAGUAAACAUUUUUUAUUCACAUUAAUCAAUCAACACUUUCUUGUCUUUUGUAUGUCUCAAUAUCAUAGUAUUAUUUAAUUAAAUCCAUUUACAAUAAUCUUUGUCUAAGAAUAAAAUAUGAUCCUCAACUGCGUUUCCCCUCCAGUCAGCAGACGGCGAUGUGCGUCUUUCAGGCGACGCUGCCAGCGUGACGUAUAAUCUAGUGGACGGUUCUUCAUAAACAGCGCGUCAACCACCUCGGUAGCUUGCUAGCCAACAUAGCCGAAAGAUUCAAGCUAUUUAUACGCUUUCGGUGUAUAUUAGCUACUGUGUUUUCGACACACUUAUGUCGUAUCUAGUUGUUAACCUAUUUAAUAUUACGUUAUUUUCUAUUAGUCAGCUAUAGUAGCUGGCUGGUUUAGUUAGCACUAGCAUAGUCGCUAAUGAUAGCUAGCUAGCUAACAUCCCCGAACAUGAGCUCCCUAAACUACCCCCCUCUUGUUCAAGAAGAGGCGGUCUGCUGGACGGAGAAAGAAUCUCUGGGGCAGAACAUUGUCGUGAAAGAGGAGAAGGAAGAAGGGGAUGUGACAGUAAAACAAGAAGUAGAGGUUGAGGCUGUUACAGUGAAAGAAGAAGAGAAAGACGUUACAGUGAAAGAAGAGGAAGACGCGUUCAGAGUGAAAGAGGAGGAUGUUACAGUAAAAGAAGAGGAGGAAGAGAAAGAGGAGGAUGUAGUUUAUGGAGUGAAGAAGGAAGGGGAGAUUACUGUCACAUUGAAAGAUGAAGAGGUGGAGAUAGGAGAUCUGAGUAACACCAGAGAGAUACGGGACUAUCGUGGAUCCUUUGGGGAGCCUCAACAACCUCAUGAUGCUGACGAGGCAGAGAAGAGUCUCUCCAGAUCAGAACACCUCAAUAAACACCUGCAGAGAUCCACAGGGAAGAGAACUCACUGCUGCUCUGACUGUGGGAAGAGAUUCACCUCAUCAGGCAUUAAAAUUCAUCAAAGGACCCACACAGGAGAGAAACCUUAUAGCUGUGAUCAAUGUGGGAAGAGUUUUACUACAUUUGACUCUCUGACAGUACACCAGAAAAUACACACAGGAGAGAAAUCUUAUAGCUGUGUUCAAUGUGGGAUGAGUUUUACUGCAUCUAGCAAUCUGACUACACACCAGAGAACACACACAGGAGAGAAACCUUAUAGCUGUGAUCAAUGUGGGAAGAGUUUUACUACAUUUGACUCUCUGACAGUACACCAGAAAAUACACACAGGAGAGAAACCUUAUAGCUGUGUUCAAUGUGGGAAGAGUUUUAGUGCAUCCAGCAAUCUGACUACACACCAGAGAACACACACAGGAGAGAAAUCUUAUAGCUGUGAUCAAUGUGGGAAGAGUUUUACCACAUCCAGCUAUCUGACAGUACAUCAGAGACUACACACAGGAGAUAAACCUUAUUGCUGUGUUCAAUGUGGGAAGAGUUUUACUGCAUCUAGCAAUCUGACUACACACCACAGAACACACACAGGAGAGAAAUUGUAUAGCUGUGAUGAAUGUGGGAAGAGUUUUACUACUUCUGGCUAUCUGACAGUGCACCAGAGAAGACACACAGGAGAUAAACCUUAUAGCUGUGGUCAAUGUGGGAAGAGUUUUUGUCAAUCUAGUGAUCUGACAGUGCACCAGAGAACACACACAGGAGAGAAAUCGUAUAUCUGUGAUCAAUGUGGGAAGAGUUUUACUACAUCUGGCUCUCUGACUUUACACCAGAGAACACACACAGGAGAGAAACCUUAUAGCUGUGGUCAAUGUAGGAAGAGUUUUUGUCAAUCUAGUGAACUGACAGUGCACCAGAGAACACACACAGGAGAGAAAUCGUAUAGCUGUAAUCAAUGUGGGAAGAGUUUUGUUACAUCUAGCUAUCUGACUAUACACCAGAGAACACACACAGGAGAGAAACCACUUAGAGGAAUGCUGAUAAAAGCUGAUAAAAGAUCUCUGACUAAACAUCAGAAAAUACAUGAAGCAGUUGUUUCAUGAUAUCAAUUAAUUUAACAUUGUAGUAGGAGUAUUUUAAUAUUGUCACAAUGUAGAAUGUUUUAACAUUGUAGUAGGAGUAUUUUAAUGAUGUCACAAUGUAGAAUGUUUUAACAUUUUUUUUUACCUUUAUUUAACUAGGCAAGUCAGUUAAGAACAACUACGCUGCCGCCCCAAAUUGUAGUAGGAUUAUUUUAAUGAUGUCACAAUGUAGAAUGUUUUAACAUUGUAGUAGGAGUAUUUUAAUGAUGUCACAAUGUAGAACCCUAAAUGUUUGUCCCCUGUUCUAUUGAUUUCAACAUGAUAUGGAUAUUAGCCUCAGGGGGAAAAAUCAGGCUCUGAAUUGGAAGAGUACUAUUUAUGUGAUUUAGUAAGUACACAUUAUUCCCAGAUUCCGUGUGGGUGUUUGAGCUGCUAGUUUUAACAGGACGUGCAACCUCAUCUCCCUCCUGUCGCAUAAAUGAUUUUAGCAUGAUAUCGAUGAGUUAUGACAAAUAAGUGUUGCGUUCCUUUGUUUAGCGACCCCUACAUUUAAAUGCAUUCCAACAUCACGUACAACCUGAUUUCCCCCCUAAUCGAUAUCAGUUAUUUAUUGCUACUUGUCAAAACAGCGUUUUUGGUGCUUGUGCAGUUUUUAUAAGGCGCUUGUUUAAAAAAAUACAAGAAAUAUGAUUAUUGUGGCAGAUGUUUGUGUAAAUAGCACAUGUUAUGUUUAGGUUUUCAAUUUAUCCCAAACUGUUUCUGCAUAUUGGUUAUUGAUUUGGACACGUUAAAACUGUGUUUUGACAUUGAGGCUAUCCCACCUAGCAAAAUGUAAUUGAAAAGACAUUGAAAAUAAGACUGCAAUCAACAACACAUUUUUAUUUUAUGUUUUAUUAUACCAUGCCUUACCAUUAAGUUAAUUAUUGACAAUACAUAUUAUCAAAGGGGUGUACAUUUGGUUUUGGUAAUUCAUGUUUACAAUUCAUGUAACUUUUAGUAAUCAUAAUUAUUUAUGCAAUCAACUGACAAUUUUCGGGUAUAAAUAUAUUGACAUUGUUGCCCUUCUUUUAGAAUAGCAGGGUUCAUUCUCAGAUGUGCCAACCCAAAUGUACUAGAGCAUGACAUUGGGGACUGUGCCCUGAUCCAACAACAUGCCUAUCGAGUGAUCCCUGAAAAGAGAGAGAAGCUCCGCAGUGAGGUGGAAAGUUACUACGGAUAUUUCAGGAGUUUCCUCUUGAAAUCAGACAUGUCUGUUGUAAGGACUUGGUUGCUGAUUGUCUCAAGAGUUAAAACGAUUUGUGUUUUGCGUUUAGCCAGUGCGUUGCCAUGGAUCACAAUUUAUUUUGACUGCACGUUUUUCCGUAUUGGAGAUGAGUUUUGUUUGGGCUCAUGAAGCAUUGUAGUUGAUAAUGUGAAAUGGAAAUUGUUUUCUGUUGUCCAACAAAAAUAUAGGAUAUAUUUUUUCUCUUAAGGUGUUACAGUCUUUGGUCUUUCCAUUUAUGUUUUGAGGUUGGACAUAAUUAGCACGUAUAGCUCGUUAACAUGUAUAGCUCAUUAGCUCGUAGGACGCACUGAUUGGUGUCACCUCGUUAGUCAGUAUGUGUUUCACCUGUGCUGGCUUGUCCAUCUCGUUAGUGGGAAGGUGUUUUACCUGAGCUGGUCCAGGUUCUAUUUAAGAGUGUCUGACCCAGUGCUCCAGUUGUCUUGAUAGAUGUGGAGAGUCAACACCAUUAGUUGCUCCACCUUUUUGGUUUGCUUCCCGUCUUUAAGUUUGGUGUGGGUUUUUCUUUUGUUUGCCUCUUCUUGGGCAGAUUUAGUGGGUCUCAUGGUUGGUGUCUUUUAGGUCCAAGUUGUUGUUACUAGUCAACUUUCAGUGGACACCCCAUAGUAACUUUCAGAGCCCAUCCUAAAAAACAAGCUUAUAUUUUUGGAUUGGAAAUUUUAAUAUUUUAAUCAAUGGCAUUUCCUUAGGAUGCUCAUUAGUCUUUAAGUUGGUAUUAUUGUUUUUUAUCCUCUUAUGUUUGUGUACUAAAUAUUCCUGUUUAUUUUCAUUGUUUUCUCCUGAGAAGCCAUUGUGUUGCAUGUCUGAAAUGUGCUGUAUAAAUAAAGCUUGAUUUGAUUUC